CUUUCUUAAGCAACAAAAGAAAACAAAGCGACGAAGCACUCUCACCAGAGAAAGAGAGAGAGAGAGAGAGAGCGACAGAGAGGGAGAGAGAGAGAGAAAAUGAGUAGCGAAAAGGUUCCCAAUCCCAUUGCUACUACUGCUGCGAACACCAAGACCACUCCUCCUCCUCACGGCGUCGAGUUCGUUAAGGGCGUUAAUGGCCUCGACAAGGUCGUCCUCCGUGAUCCGCGCGGCAGUCUCGCCGAGGUGUAUUUGUAUGGGGGUCAUGUAACAUCAUGGAAGAAUGACCAGGGGGAGGAAUUGCUAUUUGUCAGCAAUAAGGCUAUAUUUAAGCCUCCAAAAGCAAUUCGUGGGGGGAUCCCAAUUUGCUUUCCACAAUUUUCAAAUCUUGGUUCUCUUGAUGCACAUGGAUUUGCUAGAAACAGAUUUUGGAGCAUUGACCCUGAUCCAUCUCCUUUUCCAACAAAUACUUCCAAUAAGGUUUUUGUUGAUUUGAUUCUUAAGCCUACUGAAGAAGAUAUUAAGACUUGGCCUCAUAGUUAUGAGUUCCGGCUGCGAGUAGCUUUGGGACCUGGAGGAGAUCUGAUGUUGACAUCUCGCAUCCGGAAUACCAACUCUGAUGGGAAGCCAUUCACAUUCACGUUUGCUUAUCAUACUUAUUUCUCUGUUUCAGAUAUAAGUGAAGUUCGUGUAGAAGGCUUGGAGACCCUCGAUUAUCUGGACAACAUGCAGAACAGGAAACGUUGUACUGAGCAAGGGGAUGCUAUAACGUUUGAAUCGGAGGUCGACAAGAUAUAUCUUAGCACUCCUACAAAGAUUGCAAUUCUGGAUCAUGAGAAGAAGAGAACAUUUGUAAUACGUAAAGAUGGGCUUCCAGAUGCUGUGGUGUGGAAUCCCUGGGAUAAGAAGGCAAAGGCUAUGGCUGAUUUUGGAGAUGAUGAGUACAAACAUAUGCUCUGUGUGGAGGCUGCUGCUAUUGAGAGACCUAUCACAUUGAAACCCGGAGAGGAGUGGAGAGGAAGGCAGGAGCUUUCAGCUGUUCCUUCCAGUUACUGUAGUGGGCAACUUGAUCCUCGAAAGGUUCUCCAGGGAAGUUGAAAGAUUCGGCACUCUGGCCUAUAUUUUGUACAGGUAUUUGUCGCACAUGUACAUGGGUCGGGACAACCAAUUCUGCCCUCUAUUUUUCGCUCCGAAAUUUUUCUUGUGUUGGGUGAAAUAAUAGAUGUCAACACUUGCUAUGGUGGAUGAGAGACCACAUGUUUCUGUUAGAUGGAACCUCUAUGGAACCUCUUAAUAUGGGUUGAAAGUAAAUGUUCUUGUUGAUCAACAAUCCAAUUGGGUUUUGGUUGCUUUUAUCACUUAAAAAAGCUCCUCAUAUGUAGCGUUACUAUAUUCAUCUAACUUGACAAUACCUAUAUACGAUGUGAAACUUGACGAUCUUUUCAGAAAUUUGGAAUGUUUAAUUCAAAUUUCAUUCGGAGCACGAUAUCUCUGACCAUAA